UAUUUCUGUUUGACCGGCUCUGGUAACGAAAAUUACAGUAAAAAUGGAAACAAAUUCUCGAAGUUUCGUCUCAAAAAGAGAAAAAUAAAGGCAUCCUGGCACCCACGGUGGAAGUACAAGCGUGUGAGGGCGAUGAAAAGCGGUGCGAAGCGGGUCUUGCCGUUAGCAUGAGCUCGGUGUGCUCGGGUUACUACACCCCGGAGAAAGCGUUCGUCCGCGGCUUCACCUGCCCCAAACCGGGCGGCGACCAGCGGGCGGCGUUCUGCUGCGGAUUUAACGACAUUAAAUACUGCUGCGACGACCCGAACAGCUUUUUCCCCUACGAAUAUGGGUACAUGUGGUGGCUGAGUGUUGGAGCUCUGGUAGGUCUCUCUAUCGCUGCUGUUGUCCUGCUGGCGUUCCUCAUCACUGUCUGUGUUCUCUGCUACCUCUUCAUCGCCACUAAACCGAGCCGCCUGGACAGCGGCCUACCUCUCAGCGCCCCCGAGCCAGAGCCCAGUCCCGAGCCCAGCCAUGCCGCCGGCCCUCAGGGUUUCCGCAGACACUUCCCAAACAGUAAACUGGACUGCGCCAACCAGCCGGCCGAGCCUGAGCGCCUCUUUCAGCGCUGCUUCGUGGCCACUGUCAGCAGGGUGAACGAUGAAGGCCCUUCCUAG